GUCACAAUAUAGAUCUACACUAUUGUUAUGCUAAUUGUAUGGGCUAUAUCUGUGUAUGACGAAGGGAAACAUCGCAAAGGGAAAGAGAAAGUAGACAGGUGUACAAUAUGGAGGACGCAAUACAUCAACGUUGUGUUCUUUUACAAGGCUUUCCUCAAACUCCUAACCCCCAUCAGGAUAUACAACGUCUUCUGGACGACUUAGCUGGGAUACAGAAUAGAAAAAUCUGCCAACUACACAGGCUGUCUGUCACGAACACACCGGAGUGGGUUAUACUGUGCCACAGUGUGGAAGAUGCAGUUGCAAUCCUGGACAAGGGUUUUCCUCCUUACGGAGGAUGUCAGCUUACUGUAUCACCUUGUGGAACUCAAAAUGUGCCGCCAGAAUGGAAGAACCCCGCACCGGAACCUCAGGGGACGAUGCAUUCUCUGAGUGCAAACAAUGGUUCCUCAUCUCCUACAGAAAAUGAUCGGCUUCGUCAGGACAUUCCAGAAGAACCGUCACAUUUUGAGUCGAUGAACUACAAUGUGGAAAAUCCGCAGACGCGGACGAGAGCAGGUACUUCUGAAGAAUCCAUGUCAUCGAACAGGAACUAUUCCAGCACAGCCGGAAGUCAACAGACUUCACAUGGUUUACCACCAAGACACCCAAAUGAUGUUCCUUACAACCAUCCAGUGUAUCAUCCGCAUUCCAGGUCCUGCUCAUCCACAACGGCCAUUUUAUGCUGUGGAUCCAAACCAGUUUUACUACUGGCAACCUCAUUACCAGUACCCACGUGUUCCUGUUCCACGCUAUCAGGGACAACCACCUCUGCUUGAUUCAAUCUUAUCCAAAUCCGCCACAUUUUGGAUAUGGUCCACUACGCCACUGCAACCUCCCCGCCACCGCCACCGCAACCUCCCCGGUACAGAAUGCCAGCAUCGUCACUCUCCGUCGAUCACCCAGCCAGUUCCGCUAAUUUAAUGGCAAGACCUC